GAAAAUUCACUAUUAACACACCGGCCUUAAACCCCAACCUUCGCACCACCGAAAGCCCAAACCAGAAAUUCAGAGUCACAGCGCCAAUGGCCCGAUUACUCCGAGCUGCGCAAAGUGGCCUUCGAUCUUCUUCUUCAUUUUCCUCUUCUUCUUCUUCUUCUUCUUCACCCAAAAUCAUAAAGCAUGGCUUCCACCUUCAAUCCACACCUCCCCGAAAAUCCAUCUCGGCCUUUCCCUUCCAUGGCAGAGCAUACGUUUCGGAGGCCAUUUCCAAAUCGCCCCUCGAAUCUAACAUCCUUAGAAUCCUUCGCAAAGAGAUCCUAUACCAGUCUGACUAUGCUCCUCCACAUCAGCCUGAUAUGAAAUUCAAGUCAUUUAUGGUACAAGCUCGACCUGGUGAGCAAUGGAUUACAAUGAAAGGAAAAUUUGGAGAUACUGAAGAUAUUAAAAUCGAAGUUACCAUGUUCGAUGGGUAUCAACUUGUUCCUAAGCUUGGAGAUGAUAGCUCGGGGGAAAGUGUGCGGCUUCACAUUAGUUUGCUUGUUGAUAUCUCCAAGGGGGAUGGUUCCAAUGAAUUGGAGUUCAUUUGUUCUGCUUGGCCUGACAGUUUGGAAGUUCAGAAAGUUUAUAUAAUACGACGUGAUGGGAUGCUGGCAAAGCCUUACAUGGGACCUGAUUUCGGGAAAUUGAAGGAUAACAUACAGAAGACGUUUCUUGAGUACUUAGAAGCAAGAGGGAUCAAUGAUGAACUUUCCAUUUUCUUGCAUAAAUAUAUGAUGAACAAGGAUAAAACUGAACUUAUCCGAUGGUUAGGACACGUCAAGUCUUUUGUGGAGAAAUAAGACCGGAUAUCUUUCUCCUUAUUCUGGGAUAUGCUAACAAAUUUUUUAUAGUGUUAUUGAUUAGAAAGAAUUUUGUGGAUUUGAUAGUGAUAUUUAACCGUGCAAGAACCACUUUAAAUACAUAACGAGUAGGGACUGUUGAUGUUGAGGAGGCUUCCAUGCCUCUGCAUGGAGUUUCUAGAUCAGCUUGGAUGCUGCUCGCUACUAACAAUGGCCCUAGCGUCUUGUUGGUAAGGUUGCAAUUUUUAAAAUGCAAGCCUUCGAAAGAGAUUAUAUUAUGUUGGUGAUCCUGAAAUUGUUGAAGCUUUGGCCAUAUAUGAUAAAAGCUCUGAAUUUAGCAGCUGAUUGUAGCAAGAUUGAUGCUAAACUCGUGGUUCAAAGACUCGAUGAAGCAACUCUUGGGUCUUGGCUCGUUUGUUUUAUAGACGCAGGUCUUCUUUUUUUAUUUAAACAUGAAAUUCUUAUUUCUCAGAUGCUUUCAAUUGUGCAUUUACGAAUCAAAUUUGGGGUAAUCAGUAGUGGCAAUUGUAUAAUUAGGAAACCUCAAUAACGUCGUUGUGGCAAUGGGACUAAAUGCUAUGCGAUGAGGGUUGGGGAUAGGAAUGUAGGAUUGGCUCAUGGACUGCAUAAUAUUGAGCAAACAAAAGUUUCUGAA